AUGUCGCCGCCACCAGGAGCUGCAGCGCGCGUCUUCGCCCUCCCAGAGCUCCUCGACAUGAUCUUGCUCGAAGUAUCCGACUGUCUCCAAAUUUUCGUGCUGCGACGCACAAACAGCACCUUCAACGACACCGUCAGCGGCUGCAAGUCGCUGCGGCGGCGCAUCUUCCUCGAACACUCGCCCGGUCGCACCUAUAACGAUGUCAACGAGUUCCUGGGUCAAGCACCACUCAAGCACGCGACGGCACCCUUCGACUUCCUCACGCUCGACACUGGCUUCCACUGCAUUCUGUGCGAGGAGCUCAAUCCUGAGCACAGCUUUAGUGUUCGAGACCAGCUCUUUCCGAGGUGCCGACUGAAGAGCUCAUGGCGAGACAUCCUUGUCGGCCUACCUGAGAGCUCGUCCUUAUCGAGCUGGGCUGGCAGGACCGUACGACUCCAUUCCGGGCUACCAUAA